GGAAAAUUAAAGCAGGUGAUUUGGCUUUAAUUAGCAGGUUUCUGGGGCUUGCAUUUCUGAUCCUUGGAUAAGGAAGGUAGGGCGCUUGGGAGUGAGUGGACUGAUUAGAGAUAAGGAGAUGAGGCAGGGUGAAAGGUUCAGUUGGGCAGAUUCAGCGCAGGGACGGGGUUGCGUGUAUGACAUAGGUUAAAACAACCGGAGAGCGUUAGUGUUGACGAGUUCAAGGUGAAGGGAAGAGGCUGGAACCGUGGGACAGAGGGGCGGCACAGAAUAUGGAAGGUCUGGUUGAUGGUGAGGACAGUUAUGGAUCUGGGAUAAGGUUUGGCUGGAGUGAGAGUGGGAAGACCAUGGACGUGGAUUCUGCUGAGCUAAUCCCAAGUGUUUGCAUCACUGAGCACUGGGAUAAUCAGUGAGGUUUUGCUCAUCUGGCUGGGUGCUGGUUCCCAAUUCUCGCUCUCUCUCUCUCUCUCUCUCUCUGGGCGCUCCUACCUCCCGCCGACUGAUUCGCUGCUGCGAAAUCAGUGAGGCGGCAGCGCCGAUGAAUAUUUAAUGGAGCGGGCAUGGACAUAGCCUUGCUGAGGUUGGAGGACGGCGGGGCCGCCGCGGGCAGCAGGUGUCCGAGCAGCGGCGGCGGAGGCGGAAUCCCGUGGGCACGCCCGGCGGGCCAGGACGGCGCCGACCCCCGAUCGGCCGCGGGCAGCAUGUGCGAGCUGGCGGGGCUGCCCGAGAGCUUGGCGGAGGAGGGCCGGCGGCAUGUGGCGGACGGCGGCGGGCGCUCCGAGCGGGUGGUGAUCAACAUCGCCGGGCUGAGGUACGAGACGCAGCUGGGCACCCUGAGCCAGUUCCCGGACAGCCUGCUGGGCGACCCCGACAAGCGGAUGCGCUACUUCGACCCCCUCAAGAACGAGUACUUCUUCGACCGCAACCGGCCCUGCUUCGACGGGAUCCUCUACUUCUACCAGUCGGGCGGCCGGAUCCGCCGGCCCGUCAACGUCUCCAUCGACAUGUUCGCCGACGAGAUCCGCUUCUACAAGCUGGGGCCCGAGGCCAUGGAGCGCUUCAGGGAGGACGAGGGCUUCAUCAAGGAGAAGGAGAAGCCCAUGCCCGAGCAGGAGUUCCAGAAGCAACUUUGGCUCCUCUUCGAGUACCCCGAGAGUUCGAGCCCGGCCCGGGGCAUCGCCAUCGUCUCGGUGCUGGUCAUCGUGGUCUCCAUCAUCACCUUCUGCCUGGAGACCCUGCCCGAGUUCCGCGACGACAGGUACAGCGGCUACAACCGGUCGGCCAAUGGCACCCGGGGCGCGGCCAAGGACAGCCUGAGUGACCCCUUCUUCAUCGUGGAGACCACCUGCGUGGUCUGGUUCACCCUCGAGCUUCUGGUGCGCUUCUUCGCCUGCCCCAGCAAGUCCGUCUUCGCCAGGGACAUCAUGAACAUCAUCGACAUCGUGGCCAUCAUCCCCUACUUCAUCACGCUGGGCACCGAGCUGGCGGAGCAGAGUUCCAACGGGCAGCAAGCCAUGUCCUUGGCCAUCCUCAGGGUCAUCCGCCUGGUCCGGGUCUUCCGCAUCUUCAAGCUCUCCAGGCACUCCAAGGGACUCCAGAUCUUGGGGCAGACCCUCAAGGCGAGCAUGAGGGAGCUGGGCCUGCUCAUCUUCUUCCUCUUCAUCGGGGUUAUCCUCUUCUCCAGCGCCGUCUACUUCGCCGAGGCCGAUGACCCCAGGUCCCAUUUCUCCAGCAUCCCAGACGCAUUCUGGUGGGCGGUGGUCACCAUGACUACCGUGGGCUACGGCGAUAUGAAACCUGUCACCAUGGCGGGCAAGAUCGUGGGAUCCCUGUGCGCCAUCGCCGGGGUCCUGACCAUCGCGCUGCCCGUGCCCGUCAUUGUGUCCAACUUCAACUACUUCUACCACCGGGAGACCGACAACGAGGAGCAAGCUCAGUACCUGCACAACACCGAUAUUGAGAGCAGCAUCUCGGAAGAUCUGAAAAGGAGCAGAAACUCCAUUGGCAAUCAUUUAGAGAACAGCGAUGGGGUGAACAAUGGCCCAGGGACGCACUGCAAAGCCAACAGCACCCCGGACAUCAGGAAGUCCCUGUACGCACUUUGUAUGGACCCAAAUACUGAAACGGACUUGUAGACAACAGCAGGGGGUUUGAACUUUACAGAUUAGAUUUAUCCAUAGGAGGACUUAUUUUGAAGCAAAGACAGAACAUUUGUACAGACUACAGAGGUUAGA